AUGAGUGUCAUUAUGAUGAACGGAUUUGAGGGCGGGCAGCACGGUGCUGCCGCCAACUCAACAUCCGCCAACAGUAACAACAACAACAACAACACCGUACUGCACAUCAAACGGGAGCCGGUUGAGCAGCAGCAGUUGAACAAUGGGUCCAACAGCUUCGUUGACGAACGAGUCGGACAAGUGGUCAAUGGAGGCGGUGGAGGUGCUGCCGGGCGAGGCACAGGCAGAGAUGGCCCAAACAGCAGCUCCAACAACAGCGCCAAUCACACUCCCAGUCAGAUGGGCGCCAACUCGGUCUCCUCGGUGAGCUCCUCUGCCUCGGAGAGAAUGCGCUCCAGCUCGAACGAAGCCCUGGUUCAUCACCAUCAGAUUUCACAGGCUGCCCAUGCCGCUGCACUGCAGGCACAAGCCCACCAUCACGCGGCACUGUUGGUCAGCAAUGCCGCCGCCAGUGGACUGGACCGAAUUGACUGGACCAAUGGCGGCAGCUCGCACCAGUCCACCCACUCCAACCACCACGUGUCAGUGCGCAAGAAACGGAAACCGUACUCAAAGUUUCAGACAUUGGAGCUAGAGAAGGAGUUCCUCUACAACGCCUACGUCUCCAAGCAGAAGCGCUGGGAGCUGGCAC